AUGGCUCUUCGCUGGUUUAGCCUCUUUUUGGGGUUAAUAGCCCUUCAAGGCUACCUCGCCUUCAGCCCACUUCCGGAAGAAAAUUGGGAUGAAGAAUGGGCUACAUUCGCACAGACGAUGUCAGAUCCCGCUUACCGCCUCCCUAACUCUACAACCCCCAGCCGUUAUGAAGUAACCCUUUCCCCAUAUUUGACGACUGUUCCAGCAAGUGUCCAAAAUGCGUCACCAUUUACGUUCGAUGGUACUGUAGCAAUAACUAUCAGGGCUACACAGCAAAAUGUCAAUGAAAUUGUUCUUCACUGUAAUGAUUUGACAAUUUCAUCACUAACGGUAUCUCUUGCUAGUACACCAGCUACAAAUAUAGCUGUAAACCAGGCAUAUCAAUGUCAAAUGCCCUGGAGUUUCUUAAGAAUUCCUUUGACUACAACCCUACAAAUAAACCAGGACUAUAUCAUUUCGAGCACAUUCAAAGGCAUCCUGCAGACUAAUAUGAGAGGAUUCUACAGGAGCUGGUACAUUGACCAGAGUGGCCAAAGGAGAUGGAUGGCGACCACCCAAUUUCAGCCUGGACAUGCACGUCAAGCAUUUCCAUGCUACGAUGAACCUGGAUUUAAGGCCUUUUUUGACAUCACCAUAGUCAGAGAGUCUGAUUUUAGUCCAACGCUUGGAAAUAUGCCCAUAAGAAGUAACGCAACUCUCAGUGAUGGAAGAAUUUCAGAAACAUUCUACACUACUACUCUCACUUCCACUUACUUACUGGCCUUUAUUGUCUCACACUACACUGUAGUGGCCAGUGGUACAGACCCAUUACGGCCCUUCUACAUCUAUGCUAGAAAUAAUGUUGUUGAUGAAGGCGACUGGUCUUUAGAAAUUGGUGAAAAACUACUGGUUGCUAUGGAGAACUACACGGGCUACCCGUAUUAUACAAUGGCCAAUAACAUUAUCAUGCAGCAAGCUGCUAUACCUGACUUUUCUGCUGGAGCAAUGGAAAACUGGGGUCUUUUGACUUAUAGGGAAGCUCUAAUCUUGUACGAUCCGUUGAAGUCGAAUCAUUUCUAUAAGCAACGUGUUGCCAACAUCGUGUCACAUGAAGUCGCUCAUAUGUGGUUCGGUAAUCUCGUCACCUGCGCCUGGUGGGAUAAUCUCUGGCUAAACGAGGGUUUCGCUAGAUAUUAUCAGUAUUAUUUGACUGCUAGGGUUGCGCCAGAUUUAGGCUACGAAACUCGAUUCAUCGUCGAGCAAUUACACGUAUCUCUGCUUUCCGACUCAGUGGACAGUGCUCACGCUCUCACAAAUCCUGCAGUUAAUGAUCCCACUUCUGUUUCUGCUCACUUCUCACAAAUCACCUACGGCAAGGGUGCUUGUGUACUUAGAAUGACUCAGCACUUAUUAAGCGACAGCACAUAUGAAAAAGCAUUAAGGAACUACAUACGACAAAACGCUUUUGAUGUAGCUGAGCCAGAUGAUUUGUUCACUGCAUUGGAUGGUGCUGCUGCUGAAGAUAAUGCACUAACUGAUUAUGGAAGUAUCACCGUCAGGGAUUACAUAAGAACUUGGAGUGAGCAAGGUGGACAUCCUUUGUUGACCGUAGCUGUUGACCAUGACACUGGACGUAUGACUGUUACACAGCGGCGUUUUAACGUCAAUACCGGCGUGUCUGAAAUUCCAAGUGUAUGGCUCAUACCUCUUACUUGGACCAGAGCUGGAGCAGUCGAUUUCGAUAAUCUCAAGCCUUCACAGAUUAUGUCGGCUGAACCAAUCAUCAUUGAAAGAGUUACUAGGGGUAGAGAAUGGGUUAUUUUCAACAAGCAACAAUCUGGAUUCUACAGAGUAAACUAUGAUACAGUUACCUGGUCUCUUAUUACUCAGGCGCUUAGAGACAAUUCGCGAAGGAACCAAAUACAUGAAUACAACCGUGCACAGAUCGUCGAUGAUGUGUUCAUCAUGGCUAGAGCUGGCCUUUUGUCUUACACAAGGGCGUUCAAUAUCCUCUCGUUCCUCGAAUUUGAAGAUCAAUAUGCACCUUGGAUUGCGGCUAUUGCUGGAUUCAACUUCUCUAGACGACGUUUAGCCCACAAUGCCACUCUUUUGGCUGAAUUAGAGUCAAACAUCCAUACCUUAAGCAGAGCGGUAACUGCACGUCUAGGUUUUAGCGAGAGACCAAACGAAAGCUACAUGGAUGGACUUUUACGUAUGUACGUCAACACUUUCCUAUGCAACAUUGGUCACGCAGAGUGCGUCGAAGCCGGCAGGACUAAUUUCGCUAAUUGGAGACAGAACAACGCAUAUAUCCCACCGAACAUGCGUCCCUGGGUUUACUGCACUGGUCUCCGCUAUGGUACUGCUGAAGAUUUUACAUUCUUUUGGACUCAAUAUCUUCAGGAAGACUUAGCCAGCGAGCAGGUUGUUAUGCUUACUGCGGCCGGUUGCACAAGAGAUCAAAAUAGUUUGGGAAUAUUCUUGAACGCCAUCACGGCUGGUUCCAAUGACUAUACCAUCAGGGAUCAAGAUUAUUCUACUGCACUUAAUUCAGCUCUCACCAGUAAUGAGGAGAAUACUUUAGUGGCGUUUGAGUGGCUACAACAAAACUUUCAAAGGACUGCAGCAGCACUUGGCAGCAUUAAUUCCCCACUGUCUACAAUUACAUCACGUCUACUUAAUGAACAACAAAUCACAGAGGUCUCCAAUUGGUUACAAGUAAACCAAGCGUUGAUUGGCCAAUCAGCUUACAACAGUGGCAUGAAUGGAAUUAAUUCAGCCAGGAACAACAUCCAAUGGUAUAACCGAAGAGUUUCUGAAUACCAGAGCUAUUUUGAAACUGGGUAUGUGGACGACCUACUUGAAGAUAGCACUACAUCGUCGACGUCGACGACAACACAAGCACCUACAACAGUACCGACCACGCCUCCAGACGGCAACGGAGCAAGUCGGAUUCAACCAAUAUUGCUAUUCUUAGUUCCGUUAGGUUGUUUGUGUAAAUAUAUUAUGCUAUAA